CAACACACUCUACCGGUAGCUAUUUAUAGCUAGCACUGUCUGCACCAGAGUGACAGUGAACUUGAGUCACCGAUAUAUUGAGCUGAUUUCUGUGCUAAUACUGUAGAGCUCCACAACAGCGUGAGGAUAUUGAGUGUUUGUUACAAGCUUAAAAGAGAUCACAAUGAAGGACUCGUCUUCACGUCGAGUACGACGAGAGUCGUCUCCUCACCCCAUGAAACGCAAGGGCAGCCGUCGUCAACUGGAAACGGCUCCGAUGGAAUCUUCUUCGACGCACAGUCACAGCCGGCACAAUAAUCACAGCAAGAGCACGGGUAGUCUUUCUCGUACUUCGGAUCAUCGACGUCGAGGAGGAGGAGACGAAGAAGACAACUCUACGAGUGAUCGUACUCUCAGUGAAAGCGGUUGGCACAAUGUGAUUGAAAAGCAAGAUUGGGUCGCCUUGCAGGGCUAUUUGGAACAGGUGCAACACCCACCACCACUUCCGUCGUCUCUGCCGGGCGCUUCUGGCAACCAACCUCCUCUUCCCCCCAGUGGUGACUACAAGAAGAAAAAGAAAAAGAGUAGUAUUGAAAAGAGCAGCAAAAAGAAGAAAAAGAAAGACAAACAACUCAUGUUGGACAUGUCGUCUCAGUCCACCAUGGGCAUUCCUGGCUACCCCAACACCAAAAAGAAGAAACGCUCGUCGUCACUCCAUUGGCUCUGGAAACGAUCCGUGAGAUCGAGUGCCUUGUCGUUAGGAGCCAGUUCCAGAUCCAACAACAAUCACAUGGAUACCAUGAGCAUGAGCAUGAAUAAUAUGAGCCGACGAUCCAGAGCCAGUGCUGCUAGUGGUUAUAGUAGUGACCAUGACGACGAACCGGAACGAGAAAGUACCAUUGUAGAAGAAGAGGAGUUGAGGUUUCACAUGUCUCCGGAUCAUCCUUCCUUUGACAAAGAGGCGCUCUUGAGCACAAACAUGGCAGGUCGAACACCUCUUCAAUUGGCACUCAAUACACCCGAAAUUCCUGAUCACAUGCUGCGAGCGUUCAUUCUGGCGCAGCCAAGAGCCGUGGCCAUCGCGGAUGCCAAGGGACGAUUACCACUCCAUUUUGCCGUGGUGAGACAGAGACCUCUUUCCAUCAUUGCCAAGUUGGUAGAGUUAAAUCCACAGGCGCUCCAUCAACAAGAUCAAAAAGGGAAAACACCUGUCAUUUACGCCAUUGAAGUCGCCAAACGACAAACAGAUCUUGAAACCGCUCCUCGAGGAUUCUGGGCUCCCAUUCCGGCGGAAACAGCGGCAACACCAGGACAAGCAGAAGCAUCGUCCUGGCAAGAUGAACAAGCAAAACGAUGGGGCACCACUCGCUGGCUACUGGAAAAAUCCGCGCAAGCGCAUCAUCAACAAGCCCAACAAAAUACCAUUGUCUUGGCCACAGGACCCAUCUCCAAGAAUACACAGAUUGAUCACAAUCAUCCAUUCCUCAUUCGAAAUGCCAGCACGCAAAAAAUUAGUCAACCCAUACUCAUUGAAGCCAUGUUGCAUGCCGCACCACCCGCUGCGGUGACGCUCUUGAUUUCCGCCUCGUCCUUUUUAUUGUCGCCAGCAUCAUCUGCCAAAUCCAGUCGCCACGAUCAGCAUCAACAACAACAACAACACGAACAACAGAGGAUAUCGCUGGGAUGCUCCGCCAUGUACCUGGCCAUUUUCCGACAAUACCCAAUCUCCAUUCUGAAACAAUUGGCGUUCCUAUUGGCAGAUGUCAAAGAAGUCAAGGGCGUUCGAGAUGAAACAGGAUUGGGGUUGGUGUCGGCACAUUACGUCACCAGCUGCUUCAAAAAGAGCAAAUUGCUGGAAUAUGUCGCGGAAGAAGACUUUAUGCUUACCAUGGAGCAAUGCAUCGUCGAAGGACAACUCCCCUCGGCAGCCGAGGGACAGAAUGCCCCAUUCUUGCAAUGGUGGGAAAAACUCAAAUUCCUCAUCUUCUUUUGUGCCGGAAAAGACCCCGAGCAAACACCAGAUGACUAUCUGUUGCACGCGGCGCUCGAGAACACCGAUACACCGCCCAAUGUGGUUCGACUCUUGCUGGGAUUGUAUCCCGGUUCGGGACGACAACCCGACACGCAAUCGGCGCAUCCAUUGCACCGAUUCGCCAUGCAUCGGGAUUAUGUACCGCGAAACUAUGAAUCGCCAUACAUGCAUGGCCUCAAUUGCAUGGAUAUGUUGCUCUCGCUCGAUGAAAGUGCCGCGUUUCAUAAUUUCCAAAAUCGAUUGCCACUGCAUCAUGCCAUCCUCGCAGGAAGAACAUGGUCCACCAUACAUCCUCUCGUGUCCAGUUAUCGAUCUUCACUCAGGAUACCCGAUCCAGUCACCAAGUUGUAUCCCUGUCAAUUGGCGGCGGCAUACCAGGAAGAAGACAGCGAAAAAGAAACUAUUCGACUCUUGCAGCUGACACGAAACCAGUACUCGUCCAUUGUGUGGCAAGGGCUCUCCAUGAAACAGCAACACAACGCGGUGGAACGAAUUCGACAAUUUGAAUCCCUCAAGCGGCUAGAUACCGUCUACGAAUUGUUGCGGCGGUCGCCACAAUGUGUAGAAUCGGUGAUUGAUGCGUCUUCUACCAGAACGAGGACACGAGGCAAAAAAGAAAAAACAAAGGAAGACGUCCUAGCGGUCCAGGAACAGAGUGGCAGGGACCGUGACAAAAGUGCUAGGAAGGGGCGAAACGAAAACAAUACGGGACCCGAAAUGAUUACCUUUCAUUAUUUGUCGUGGUGUUACAAAAAGAACAGCGGGCAUUGGGAAGUUGAGGAAAACAACAUGAACAUCUUGCAGACCAAUAUUCGUGUUGCUUUGGAACACAGGGUGUUGAGCCAAAGGUCAACGGAUUUCGUCAAUUGGUGGGGGAUGCUCAAAAUGUACUUUUGGCACUGCUACAGCUCGAUGGACGCGGCUGAUAAACCCUACAUUCCAAAGGAGGAAGAAUACCUUCUUCAUGUCGCGGUUUCCAUUUCAACCUCGCCGCCUGAUCUCAUUGCGCUGAUUUUGGGGCUUAAUCCCGAGUCUGCUUCUACUCCAUUGCCCGAUUCUACAACCUUCCCACUGCACCUAGCCUGCAGGGCAACUGUCUACACUCCCCAAUACUUUGAGACUGAGACCGAUAGACCUUCUACGAUCGAGCUUCUCUUACGGGCUUUCCCAGAAGCCGCUUUCGCGAGAUCAUCUGGAGGCCGGCUUCCUCUCCAUAUUGCCAUCCAAGCUGGGAAAACCAUCGAGGAGCUGCGUCCGUUAAUAGAGCAAGCGCCUACGCUUGCUGGUGCUCGGGAACCGACCUCUGGAUUUUUUCCCUAUCAGCUUAUGGCAGUGUCAAGGCCAACAGCGAGCGACCUGCGGUUGCGCUUUCGCACCCUCGCCGCCAACAGACACACGGACAAAUGGAAUAAGUUUUCGGGGCAGGAAAAGAUGAAGGAAAUCAGAGUCGUGGAGAAGGAAUAUCAGGCAGAUUUGCUCACCUCAACGUUUGAAUUGCUUCGUUUAUCGCCGUCCAGCAUCAGCCAACGACCAACCUCUCAACAACAAAGUCGAAGGGCCAGUGCCGGUCUACGACGCAGGGGAAGUGGAAACAAUUUGUUCGACUCUGACUCGGAUGAUGAUUUGACCAGCGAGGGCGACAUGACAAUCGACAGCGACGAGGAAUCAUAUGACGGGGGAAAGCGCGGUUCGAUUCUUUCCGGAAUGUCGAGUCGACAGGGAUCGGCGUUCUCGUCCAUUGAUAUGAUGUCCACAAUUUCAAACGUGAGCAGCCACCUAUCCUUUCGACAAAACAAUCGCAGCAAUGGUAGGCUUUCGAUGUCUUUGUCGGGGUCUCUCACAGGCUCAUUGAUGCACGACCAUAUCGACGAAGACGAUGAUGAUCAGUCCGAAGACUCUGAAAUUUGGUCGGUAGAGGAUGUCACCUUUCACCAGGACCCCGGAAAGGCUCCUGCAAAAGGCCCCAACAAUUAUGCUGGAAACGUUUCUCCUAACCAGCGCCUAUCGCCAGUUCCGAGGGUGGAAAGGAAAAAAUCCAGCUGGGAAGCUCCAAUCCAUUUUGCAGCGAAACCGGAAGAAUCGCCCGUGGCGACCCACAGACCGAGCAUCCCUAAAAUUAUCAUGGAGCCAUUGGAUUAUUCCGAUGAUGUGAGCUGUCUGCUAGACGACACCCGAUCGAGGUCGGGUAGAGUGGUCAGUGCGUUGAGACGUUCCCUGUUGGAGGAGGCGUCCUUGGAUGGUCACCUCAUGGCCGAGAGUGAUAAUCGUGCCGCUGAAAAGGCACCCGAGUAUCAUGCCGCUGAAAAAGCACCUGACACUCGUGUCGCUGAAAAAGAACCUGAUAUGCUUGCUGCUGAAGAAGAACCUGAUAUUCGCGCCGCUCAAAAAGAACCUGAUCCCCCAAGUGAAAGGCGUUCGAAUGAAUUGGAUGAGAAUCGCGUUGCCCAACCCUCGGCGACCUUCCCCUUUGGACGAAUAAAGCGAGAAAAGCAGAGGGCGAAGGCGGGGUCUCCAGUGCCCGUGAAGGAUGCCCAUAGAGCGGACGAAGCCUUGGAUGACAGCAUCCACGACGAGUUUUUUGCUACUGGACAUGUCGAAAAGCCAGAACCAGAUGAGUCUGUCGUGGUAUUCCGUCUGCGUCGAAGCAGAGGUGGUCAGAGAGCGAGUGGCCAGGGACGUGGGAAAGGCGGCCGACAAAGUGGGAGCUCCCGCAAUAUGGACUUUUUAUCCAUACUGAAUGCAAGUUUGCCAGAGGGGAAAAUGGACUAUCUCAGCACACUGGAAGUGAGUGCUAGCAGUCUUCCUCCUGGGUAUGACAGCAUGCCUACAGGCCUCGACGCGAGAGACUCCAAAGUGGAUCGAUUAGCUCAAAUAGAAGAGUUCCCUGGUGAAUCUGAGCAUGGUACAGUUGCUAGGCAGGAAUCAGAGAGAUUUGGCCCUGUUCGACAAGAAUCUGCAAAGCUGAGUCCUGCUCACAGGGAAAGCAGUCCGCCAAAACCAAGGACGUCGCAGCUCCGACAGAGCAUCCUGGACUCGACAGGAUUAGCCGACGAGGUCAAGCACGCGGUUUCCAACGAUUCGAGAGGGACGAUAACGCCAAAGAGCUCUUCUCAUAAUUCGCGACGAUCAAUGACUAAUUCACCAUCUCCGAAUUCGACAAGCCGACGCUCUUCUUUGGAAAUCAGUCCGAGGACCUGCAACUAUAUUGGAGUCAAGCCACAAAAGUUGAAGUCCUGUCUACAAUGCGGUAUGAAUGGUAGAGAGGUAAUGAUGCUUCCUUGCAGUCAUCUUUGCCUCUGUCAGGCAUGUGCAGAGGAUGAUGUCAAGAGCUGCCCGAUCUGCUUUGGUCCUGUUAAUGGGAUCAAAGUCAUGUCUUUAUUCCAAGCAGUGUAAGCAUUCUCCUUUGUAUUCCUGUGGGUAUCUGGGUACUGCAGCUCUUCAGCAGCAAGCCAGUAUAUAUAUAAUGUAAAAUCAAAAAGAAGUUGUUCUAGUAAAACCUGGAGUCUCAGU